GUCAAAAUGUCUAAAGCACCUCUCGUCCUCUGGCUGGCGAUUGAGCUUGGGCGACUUUAUCUGACUUCAGCUGUGUCGGAGACAGUGGUGAAGGCAUAUUGGGGGCAGACAGUGACUUUGCCCUGCAUGUAUCCAUCCUGGUCCCAGAACCGAAACAGCAUGUGCUGGGGCAAAGGCCAGUGCCCCAAAUCCAGAUGCAAUGAGGAGCUUAUCAGCACAGACGGAUCAUCAGUGGUCUCCAGGAAGUCAUCUAAAUAUACACUUUCGGGGAAUAUCCCGACUGGCAAGUUGUUUUUGGAGAUCAGUGACGUCAGUCCCAGUGAUAGCGGUGUGUACUGCUGUCGUAUCGAAGUGCCAGGAUGGUUCAACGAUGUGAAGAAAAAUAUCCACCUGCAGCUAUUGGGAGCCCCACCCUCCACCCGCCGCACAACCACCACUACUGUUAGCACCACGACUGCCAGGACCACGACUGCCAGGACCACGACUGCCAGGACCACGACUGCCAGGACCACCCUUGCUGGGACCCAUGUAGCAACGAGGGUAUUUCCAACCAUGUCCAUUGCCACCCUGGACCUCACAACCCAGACCCCUCUUCAGACAACCACUGCUGCCCUGACCACGGCCACCAUAUGCCCUUCUACUACACCGAGUGCCCCCUCGGAGGUGACCUCGGCUCUUCUGCCCACCCAGCCUUCCCCCGAGGGACCCAUGUUCACUGGAGCAUCCAAAGACUGGGUCCUCAAGUCAACAUCCCAGGCAUCCAUAUGGGAAACGAGGAAUUCCAUGACUUUCCCUCAGCCAAGAGCAUCUGAGACAGCCACUCUUAUACAGCAUGAACAUGAAUCAAAACAGAUAAGAAUGGCUGACAACUCAGACCUGCUGAUGAUCAUCGUCACCUCCUUGGGAUUUUUGCUGCUGGCAUUACUUGUGGGGUUUUUCCUUCGAGGGAAAAUCUUGAAAACCGGUUGUUUCAGGAAACACUCAAGGCUGGAAAGUCUUGGAAAAACUCAAAAUAGCCUCAGUGAUAUGCAGCAAGGGAGAGAAGAUGAAGAUGGUCUUUUCACACUCUAGUGUGCUGCUUUUUCUGAGGCUAGAGAAUCGGGACAUGAUUUGUGAAUUGUCCAAAUGAGUCUUCAAAAGUUUUGUUUUAAAAAAGUUCCACUUACUUCAUUGGUGUCAUCAAUCUAAUCUGACUUUAGUUUCACAAUCAAAAGGCACAUUAGAGACCUUACCUUGGCUGCUCUGGAAUUGAAUCUCCUCUGCAGCAUCACUAUUAAGCAGUUUUCCCUCCUAUGCUUGAAUACCUCCUUUGAUGGUGAACUUACUACCAUACCAAGGCUGUUUUUUUAAUACUGGGAACCGGGAUGCUUCCAAGUCUUGGAAUAUUUACAACAAAGUGUCUUGAGACACUGCCUGCUGGUGCUGUUGUAUGCACUGUACUCACACUGAACAUGGCUGCUCUCUGUUCUACCUGUUAGCAUUUCACAUACUGGAAGGAGACACUCUUGUUUCUCUAAAUUGCCUUGUGCCUGAGACACUAGUUCUGGUCCUUUUUCUGUCCCUAUUGCCUUAUCAUUUUGUGUGUGUUUGUUUUUCUGUUUAUGCUCGGACUCAGUACCUACUCUGGGUCUGGCAUAGGCACCCUGGGCCUGGAAGAGGAAUAAAACUCUUAAU